AGCUGACCGGAAGUCCCUAGAGCGCAAUCGAAUAUAGUCUCCGCGUGCUCGUUGCUAGGCAACUGUAGUACACAGCCACAUGGCGGAUCGGAGGCUCUGGUAAGAAGAGGCAAGGGUGGCUGAUUCAGUUGACCGUACGGGAUGGGGUGAUGUGCCUCUGAUGCACGCAGUCUAGGGCUUGUGGCAAGUGUGAGUUCAAGUUGCCAUUGCGAUCGGGUCCCUUGCCUUCCUCACGUUUCUGCUUGUAAGACCGCUGCGCCCGUUGUAUCGUAGAGAACUGAACAGGUUUUACUGGAAAUACUGAAUGGCUCACUUGCAGCUGGCUGUGUGUUCACGUAUGGAUCCAGUAGCAUCCAAUCCCAGACUUCCUACAACAAACCAAGAAAGGUGUCAUUCUGACACACUUAAAGAACAGUCCCAAGUAGAGCACCUGAGGACUAAUAUCCAGCAGCAAUUCUUGCGCAGCAAAGAUGAGAAGCUGGCAGAACUUCAGAUCCAAAAAGAGCGGAGUUCUUCCUGUUCUCAGCCUGCAGAAAGUAGUCGGCUGAUUUUAGAAAAGGCAGGCUUCUGUUCUGCUGGCUCCCACAGCUGGUAUUUGAAGGAACAAGCCAGCACUCUGCCCUUGCACUGGGGAAGCAAGCGGAGAGGUGUAGACAGGUCAUAUCCACUUAAACCAGUCCUUCACCAUAAAGCUGGGAAAGCACCCCUUCCCAGUUCUUGGCAGGUUGGAAGCCCACUUACUAAAGAAACUCCUUCCAGUGGCACUAAUGCAGAAGGAAAAGGAAGGUCACAUGCAGUCAAGGCUCAGCCUAUUGGAGUGCCAUCUCCUUUUUCCAUAGAACAAUCCAAGAGAGCAACAUCUCAUUUACGAAGGGCAGAGCCAGGCUGCAUUCAAAAACUUGAAGCUGCUGGACAGAGCUUAGAGGAAGAGAUCCAGCGGAAAGAGGCUCUCCUCAAGGAGAAGCUGAGGAGAACAGAAGAAGAGCUCCGAAGGAUCCAGUGGGAAAGGCAGCAGGCAGAGACUGGAACAAGAAGGGAACGAGGAGAACUAGUGAUGCCUGAGGUGAAAGCAGGUGUUACUCAGAGUCAUGCUUCCAGGUCCUCAACUCGGUCAUGCAGUGGUCAAAAGGUACAUGUUCCAGAGAGUCCCAUAGCUUCAGUGGGUGCUGCUCUGCUUCCCCAGGUGCUCCAUAUGGAAAGGCUCAAAAAGCAAAGGUUGGUAGCUAGCAACAGUAAAAUGCGAGAAAAUGUAUCUCAGAUUUCAGCUACUUGUUCCCCAGAACUGGCUCCUAAGCAUGUCCAAGCUUUUCCAGCAGUAGUCUCUUCACAACAGGUUGCCUGUGUGGCAGCAGAACCAUUACACAUGGAGGUUCCAAGCAGCGUAGAAGACUGGGGAGAGUGCAGCUCCUGUGGACGGAGGCUUUACUGCUCCAGGUUGGAGAAGCACAUAAGCAUUUGCAACAAAAAUCAUGGCUCCAAGAGAAAAGUGUUUGAUUCAAGUAAGGCUAGAGCAAAGGGCACAGAAUUGGAGACAUAUCAUCUCUUGAAAGGCUCAGAUAUCUCCCAGAAAAAAACACCCAUCCAAAACUCAGAGGCUUCCAAGCAAAGCAGUGAUAUAUUUAAGCAAAGCAACUGGAGGCAGAAGCACGAAUCUUUCAUCAAGACAUUGCGCAGGGCUCGUGAGGUGCAGCGAGUAAUCUCCAAAGGGGGAAAGGCCUCAGAUCUUCCCCCAGUACCUGCCAUGGAGAACCCAGACUACAAAUUGUGUCCGUAUUGUACCCGUCAGUUUGCACCUAAGGUAGCCGAGAGACACAUUCCUAAAUGCAAGAACAUUAAGAACAGACCCCCACCACCACAGCAAAAGAGACGUUGCUAGCAUUGGGCCAAAGAGAGAUCUGCACUGGUGCAGUCAUGUGGAUGUGUCCCACUA